AUGGUGAACCGGGGCCACUUGCCCACGGACCGCCUGGAGAGACAUACGCGGCCAGAGGUGCCUACGUGGGUCAGAGUGCGCGGAGUCCUCGAGGAGGGUGAGAUCCCCAACCUGGUGGGCAAGUAUGCUCGGCUGAAGAACCGCCCAGACAAGAAGCAGUAUUUGUACCUCAUAGCGGACGAGCUGGCCGAGAACGCCAACGCCCGAAACCACGAUGAGUGCCGGCAGGCGCUGGUGACAGCCAUCGAUGUCCUCCACGAGGCCGGGCUGCUCACGCUGAGCGAACGGGAGCUCUGCAAGCACUUGGCAGGACGUCGCAGGGUGGGACCUUUGAAGACGCCCUCCAUGAACCGGAACAGAGCCCUCCUGGAUGCCCUCAUGGGCACCAAUCGGAACGUGGCCAAAAAGGACAAGGUGAAUGGCGAACCCGAGUUCAAGAAGGAUGACUACUGCAAGUUCUUCCUGGCGGGCUACUGCCCGGGCAAAACGCUGGGCCGGGAGCUGGAUUCCAUCCGGGCCGAAUUUGACCCGAAGAGUGUGAUCGCUCCCUGCAACCAGCUCCAUUCCAUCGGCGUGCGGGACGAAUUCAAACAGCACAGAGACCAUGCGAAGUACAAACGUAGAUAUGAAGACGACCUCCUGCACUUGAUCGACAAGGGCAUUCGCGAGGUCGAGGACAAGGUGUCGCGGGAAAAGCGCAGGCAUGCGGAGGGCAUCGCUGUGAUGACCGACCAGGACAGGCUUUGCGAAAUCUGCGGAAUGAAGUACAAGCUCCGGUUCGCAGACAUCAACAUUCGUGAAACAGAGGGGGGCAAGUACAAGCCGGACAUCCACCCCGAGUGUGACAUCCACAAAGGCUAUGUGAAGCUCCGGGAGAAGCAGUUGGAGUUUGAGAAGAUCAUCAAAGAUCGUCCAGAGAAGGACGAGAAGGAGAAGGAGAGAAGGAUAGAGAGCCCAGUCGCAGCGCUCGCAGCCGGACGCGCCGCGAUCGCGGCGAUGACGACCGCGAUCGCGAUGUCCGCGACCGCGAUGUCCGCGACCGCGACGACCGGGGUAGCCGCAGGAGUCGGGAUGACCGGCGGGAUGACCGGCGGGAUGACCGGCGGGACGACCGCCGGGAUGAUCGUCGGGACGACCGGCGGGACGACCGCCGAGAUGAUCGUCGAGACGACCGCCGGGACGACCGCCGGGAUGACCGGGAUGACGAUGGCAGGCGGCGAAGCGCGGACGACAGAGAUCGGCGUCGGGAGCGCAGUCGCAGCCGCGGCUGACAGCCUGAUGGCUGAGUCCCUUUCUCGCUCGGCGAUGGGCGAGGUUCAGAUAUGGAUGCCAAAGACCUGA